CAGAGCCUCUCUCUCUCUCUCUCACUAUCUCUCUCUCCAGUUCCAACAUGACUACCAAGUUCUUCAGUUUCGUUUUGCUGCUGCUUUUGCUCAACUCUACAUUCAUUGCAGUAAGUGCUCGGCCCUUGAAUAUCAUGAAGUACAGAAGCUCUGGUUUUGGAGCAACUGGAGGAGGUUUCUUUGAUGGGUUAUCACUUGGAGCCAUCAAGCAAUCGGGACCUAGCCCCGGUGAGGGGCACAAGCUUACGAACAAACAAACUCUCGGAGGGAUUAAAACCUCGGGUCCAAGUCCUGGUUCAGGAAAUGCAUUUACAAAUGUUGAGAUUCUAGGAGGGAUUAAGGACUCCGGCCCAAGCCCUGGGUCUGGAAACAAAUUCACAAAUGUUGAGACUCUCGGAGGGAUUAAGGAUUCCGGUCCAACUCCUGGUACAGGAAACAAAUUCACAAAUGUUGAGACUCUUGGUGGAAUUAAGGAAGCGGGUCCAAGCCCUGGUACGGGAAACAAAUUCACAAAUGUUGAGACUCUUAGUGGAAUUAAGGACUCAGGUCCAAGCCCUGGUACUGGAAACAAAUUUACAGACAACACCCAUCAAUAAGCAUGAGUGAACAUAAAAAUAGAAACUAGGAAUAUUCUCUACUUAUUUUCUCAUUUAUAUUUUUUGGUUGAUUUAUAUGUAUCUUGAAGAUAAGACCAUUCAUAUUAUUUUCAUUUCAUUUAUUUGUCUCAAAUUUUCAUUACCAUGUAAAGAAUCUCCGAGCGUGCAUUGUCGAAUAUUAUAA